GAAAGCGGCGCCGCCCGCUGGUUCGUAGGCGCGGCUGUCGCCUCACGUUCUCCGCCUCCUCUCCUCGGGUUUCCCCUAAAGAAGGCGGGCGACCAGCAUCCGUCCCCACAUAGGGACUCCCCCAUCUCCCACCGCCCGCGCCCCUACGUAGGCCAGGGGCAUCAGCCGCACACAGCGGCCCCGCUGCGGCGCGCAGACUCCGUGUAGCAUCCCUGUCCAGGUCCCCGUUUCUGCCCUGUUGCCCUGUCACCGGAGUGGUGACCGCCUGUCCCGCCGUUCCUCCGCUGCCAGCACCAUGGGCAGUGAGCAGAGCUCCGAGGCCGAGAGCCGACCCAACGAUCUGAACUCCUCAGUGACCCCUUCUCCAGCUAAGCAUAGAGCCAAGAUGGAUGAUAUCGUGGUUGUAGCUCAGGGUUCCCAGGCCUCACGGAACGUCAGCAAUGAUCCUGAUGUCAUCAAGUUGCAAGAGAUUCCAACCUUCCAACCACUUUUGAAAGGGCUACUGAGUGGCCAGACAUCCCCAACAAAUACCAAAUUGGAGAAACUGGAUUCUCAGCAGGUAUUGCAGCUCUGCCUCCGAUAUCAGGAUCACCUUCAUCAGUGUGCAGAGGCUGUUGCUUUCGAUCAGAAUGCUUUGGUUAAACGAAUCAAGGAGAUGGAUCUGUCAGUAGAAACACUCUUUAGCUUCAUGCAAGAGCGCCAGAAAAGAUACGCCAAAUACGCAGAGCAGAUCCAGAAAGUCAACGAAAUGUCCGCCAUCCUCCGCCGCAUACAGAUGGGCAUAGACCAGACUGUGCCCCUGAUGGAGAGGCUCAACAGCAUGCUGCCGGAGGGCGAGAGGCUAGAGCCCUUUAGCAUGAAGCCGGACCGGGACCUCAAGCUGUAGAGCUGCUUCUCCCCUCCUGGCUGUUGUUCCGUGGGGACAGAGUUUGGGACCGCCCAGACCCUGAGGACAUUUGAAACUAAAGUCAUAUGAUGUGACUUGAAGCUGAUUGAAGGGAUGCAAAGCCUUCCAGGUGGCCUGAAAAAUCUGACUCUGCCCUACCUACCCCUUUCUUUGAUAUUUUUUCCCUUUGCAUAAUGAAUCAAAUCCACUCUCAGUGAUAACUGAAGUUGGAACAGUUGAAUUAUUAGAAAUUCUUUACAGAGCUCUGCAUUGGGAAUUCUUUUUAUUUUGAGAGUGUAUAUUAUCUAGUCUAGUUUGUGGAGUAAAAAUAUGGAGAGAAGGAGAGGAAUAUUUUAAGAAGCCCUGUGUCCUUGAUGCCUUCGGGAAAUUUUACUCAAUAGGCUCUUUGGCUUAUGGGUUGUAAACAUAAAGAACUAAUUUAAUCUA